AGCUUCGCACGUAGAGCCAGAGCUACUCGUGGUGGUAAACAUCGGCUUUUGCCACAAUGGCCGAACUCUCCAUCAAUUUCAGGCGGCCCCAUGAGUUUGACAGAAGUCGCGCUCAUAAGCAGGGCAAGGGGCUGGACGCCAAAACCGGGCUGGAGGCCGAGCGACUGGACAGCGGCAUUGACUCCAUGCCGGAGGGCAGCGUGAGCAGCGUUACCGACCAAAUGGACAACCUCAGUGUCAACUGUCAGAGCGGGGAAGAGCCGGCACCGUCCCACAACUGGACACAGUUCAGGAGUGAGGACGAUGAUACGUUCCUUCACCUGGCCAUUCUGCACAAUUACCCAGAUAUUGCCAUCUUCCUCGUGAGGUCUAACACGUCUGUCAUGGACCUCCGCAACUCGUCCCAACAGUGUCCGCUGCACUUGUCAGUUAUCAUGGGUCUGCCGGCGGUGACCAGGGAGCUGGCGCAGGCAGGUGCCGACCUGGAGUGCACAGACAACCUGGGCAACACGGCCCUGCAUCUGGCCUGUGAGCAGGAAAGCCUGGAGUGCAUGGACUCGCUCCUCAAUCCAACCCUGACCAGAACCGGGAGCCAGCGCCAAGACCUAGAAAAGCGCAAUUACAAUGGCUACACGUGUCUACACAUUGCAGUGAUGAGAGGACAUUAUGAAGCUGUUCAGAAACUGCUAGAUUCAGGAGCCAACAUUAACACUCAGGAACCGAACAGUGGGAGAACCCCCUUGCACUUGGCGGUCGAGUUCCAGCGCCGCGACGUGGUGCAGCUCCUCAUCGAACGCGGAGCGGACGUGAACCGACUGAUGUACAACAGCUGCACGGCCUUCCACCUCACCGCCGGCCGGCCAGACCUGGAGAUCCAGAACCGGCUGUUCAAGCUGACCGACUCCUUGCUGAUCCCACUGUACGAACCCUCGGACUCGGAGUCCGAGGCGGACUGCGAUACCCAGUCGGACUGUGAUGUGCCUUUGGAUUACGAUGACCUUCAGAUAGGAGGCCACUCUCUCCACUGAACAAUAUCGUGGACCUUCUCAGCCCAACUCUGAUAGCGAUCGUGUCAUCAAAGUGGAACCACCAGCAGACACCGUACUUUCCAGGCUCGAUCACAGACCCUCCCGCUCUUCCUUUGAGUGUGAGAGAGAGAGAGAGAGAGACUCGACAGACUCACGUUCAAGCACAGCAGGUCGUUCCCUCCUGUCAGUGGGGCUCAGGGUGUGGAGUGAGGUUGGCUGAAACUGACGAGGGGCUGAAUGGACACGCGUGCAGAAAGCUGGCAGGCAAGGACAACCCAGCCAGUUCCCCAAGCUUGUCACUUGAAGCUGUCUUUCUCCACCUACUCAACCCUUCAACAGCAGCUCAUUCUGCACCUUUGCUGGACAUUGGAUAUGUAUGAACUGACAAGCGGGAUUUUGGGUGGGAAUGCAGAACUCCUUCUCCCCAGCCCUCCUACCUUGAACCCUUGUGUUAUCAGGCACGUGGGUAGUCUACCCAGGCUGAGAGUUGUCAGGUCCAAGCCGCAAUGGUGGACGUUCAUUGGGAUUUGGAUUGGUCUCACCUUGGCCAGCAUCUCUUCUGGAAGUGUAGAUGGAAGUCUACAAGGAAGUGAGGGACUCAGCGAUCUAGUUCUGCUGCACCUUGGGCCUGGGCGGUACACUGCCUUCACAUGUUAUGCAGAGAAGCCACAGAGGACCAGUGGUGGAUGGGGGUCCAGGGCUCCCCCGCAUUUCUCCUGUGCCCCUGAUCCUGGUGUGCUGGGACCAACAGUCUGCCCCUUUGCAACCUUAUCCCAGCCCUCAGUAGCUGAGUCCAGAACUCAGUAACUCCAUGGCUGUACACUCCUCUUGAGGAACGCCUCUGCUUUCCCUCAAGGGGAAUCAGUAACACUUCUCAAGGGUUGCAACUUUGACUUCCCUCCUUUCUUGCCAACCUCAAUGCAAACAUACAGACAAUGCCCUUCGUGACACCCCAACCAUCAUCUUCAGUUUCGUGUGCACCCUUUAGCUGAUUAAAUGACGAAACCCGGUACUUAUACCAAAUUCUGAUAGCCAGCGGCCCCUUUGGACAUAACAGCCAAUUAGUCUCUGCAGCUUGCCACAGACACAUUACACACUAAUGUUUUGUAGUCAUUCUUGAAUCAGAAAGUCAAGAUAACAUAGGAAAACUGAAUAUUAUGGGUUGUAGAAUAAUGUUGAUUUCUUUUGUGAGUUUUAACCUUUUUUUAUUCUGAUUGCUUUGUCAUUUUCAUGUGGACUUUCGUCAAUAGGCAGGGCAGUAAACCUCAGAUAACCUGUUAUCCAAUUAUUUGGUGACCUUGAAGGUUUGGCAUUUGAGCCACUGGAUACUGAUUCCCUUUUAUUCUCUCUCUCCAGCACAUUGGGGCCACUGUUCCCAUGUUCCGUGACCAUUCUCCAGGGCCUGGGUUCCAGUGCUUCUGUAACCAUGGGCCAAUUCCUCCCCCCCACCCCACCAAUCUUAUUCUGGCUUCUUCCACCACCCCCGCCUUUCCAGUCCUGAUGUGGGUCUCGGCCCUAAAUGUUCACUGUUUAUUCCUCCCCAUAGAUGCUGUCCAGCCUGCUGAGUUCCUCCAGCAUUGUGUGUGUGUUCUCACUGGGGAAGUUUUGUUUUAGCAUUUGUUGAGAGGGAAUUCAGAGUGUUAUAUGAAGGAAAACUAUGACAGAUUAGUACCGCUGAAGAUACCAGGUGAAUGGAAUUUUACGGGACUGUAAAGCGGGCUGUGGGAUUUAAGCCCCCCAUACUCACUCACUACCCAUUAGGUCUGCUGGCACUUAGGGCAGCAGUGAAGGUCCUCCAUCUCCGGUGGUGUUCAGUGCUUCCUUCAUCGUGUCGGUAGCUUCCUCUCGGUUUUCACUACUGUCAGUCACGCAUGUCCCAGGUGGAGACUCAGGAAUACCGUCACACUCAGAUGUAGAAGGAUUCUUCAUUGCCGUUUCCAUAACAGUUUUGUUUGACCAGUCAGGGUUGUAGCCGUGAGCUGAACCCCGGAACCUGAAGGACUGGUGGACCACUCUUAGUCUGGCCUCUACCCUUUGACCUGUUUGUCAUGGGUGACCCUACCACAAGCCAGACUUCAGCCCGUAUCAUUCUCCAGAUCCUCGAGGCAGACAAGCCUCUAAACCAUGGUUGUGGUCCUCUUGGAGAAAGUUCUACCAUUGGUACUAGAUGUCUACACAUGGACAGAGAGUGGAUAUUCCAGCCACCAGUACACUUUGCUUGAAAUUCAAUUAUUUGCCUUUGGAGUGAGCUUAUUUAUUGAAAUGUUCAAAAGCUCAAUAGGUUAUAUACUGAUGAAGAUAGGAAAAAUAUUUAGUCUAGAUUUCUCUAUAUCACACAAUGGUGAAGCCAUUGCUUUGACUAAUGUAGCCAGAUUAUCUCCCCUCUCUACCAAUAGAGUGGAAAAUUCCAGUCUGGUCAGCAAACCCUGCCAUCCCAGGCAAUCUGGAUCACAAUAACUAAGUGCUCCCUGUAAAUCUGUUUUCAUUCUGCACAGCACAGACAUGACCCUUUCCCAGUGACCAAACGUUCAAUGAAAUGACUGAAUCAAAAUUAAACUCAAAGAUCCAAGUAAAUUUAUCAAAGUAUAUACUUGUCACCAAAGUACAUUUAUUAUCAACGUAUGUAUACAGCAUACAACCCUGAGAUUUGUCUUCCCACAGACAGCCACAAAAUAAAGAAACACCAUGGAACCCAUUCAAAGCAAAGCAUCAAACACCCCAUCACACAAAAAAAAAACAAAUUGCAAAAUGGUAAAAAAGCGAGCAAAAAGCACAGAAUAUAAAACAUUGAACCACAAAGUCACUGCAAGAAUUUAAGAAUGUUCAGUUUAGUUUAGUUCAGUUCAGUUUAUCGCUGCGUUGUUCAUUGGCCGCAGUCAGUCCACCCGAAUCAAAAUCACACAAAAUAUUAAAAAAGGCGCAAUCAGAAACCAGACUCGCAUCAUGACAUAAACUACAAAGUCCAAUCCACAAACUGCAUCAAUGAAAACUUGUCCAAGAGUAGAUACAAAGAAAUACAAUAGAAUCAAUGAAGAACUACACACAAAGACAGACAGGUGAACAAUGAAUGUUCAAAAGAUGAGAAGCUAUGCAAAUACAAACAAAAACAGAUAAAUAUUCAGAACACAAGUGAAGAGUCCUCGAAAGUGAAACUUGCAGAAGUGGAGUGAGGUACUGAAAAUGUAAACCAGCUGAUUCUAUUUAUCUAUUGAUAUAAGGUGGCCUCGGAUCGUAAACUGAGGCAUUUGUACAGAAUUGUUUUGCGGAUAAUCUAUUUGAUGCAGAAGACUUUAUUUGAUGUUUUUGGAAUUUAAUGUGUAUGACAAAAGAGGAAGAUGAACGUGCAUUUGUAAAUAAUGUCCGACAAACUUUAUUUUUAUA